ACACCUACUGUUGUUACCUACAACAUCUUGAUUCAUUGUUACUGUAAGAGAAAAAGGAUAGAUGAGGCAAUGCGGCUUCUUGAUGAAAUGCCUUGCAAAGGUUUGAUGCCUGAUGAUUUUACUUAUAGUUCUCUUAUGCGUGGCUUGUGUAAAGCAAAGAGCCCUUGGGCUGCACAUAAGUUUUUCCAGGACUUGCGAGCUAGUGGCUAUUCUCCCAAUGUGGCGGCGUACUCGGUUUUGAUAGAUGGCUUUUGUAAGCAUAUGUGUCUUGAUAUGGCGCUGGAUCUAUUUCGUGAAAUGCAAAAGAAAUUAUUGAAGCCUAACCUUAUUGUUUAUAGUACUCUAAUUGAUGGUAUGUUCAAAGCUGGAAAGGUUAAAGAUGCAAAGGAAUUGUUUUCUAGACUUUCCAUGGAAGGGUUGCAUCCUGAUGUUUGCACAUACAAUAUAAUGGUCAAUGGACUUAGUAAAGAAGGAUUACUUGAUGAAGCAUUGAAGGUGUUUAGGAAAAUGGAAGGGAAUGGUUGCUUACCAAACAGUUGCUCUUAUAACGUGAUUAUCCAAGGAUAUCUCCGAAUCAAAGAUUUGUCAAUGGUAACAAAACUAAUUGAUGAAAUGGUUGGCAAGGGGUUUUCUGCAGAUGCCACUACUGUGGAGUUGGUAGUAAAUGAUGAUCUGCUUGUAAAAAAGCUUUAUCCUGCUUGUAAAAAAGCUUUUGAGCUGCUCAAAAAAGUUCUCAAAAGGUGA